AUACGUUUAUUAGGGCUGAAAGUGUAAACAGUGGCAGCACAGAGAAGAAGAAGAAAUGGAGGACAUUGAAGAUUUGCUCAUCGGAACCGGCGCCGGAACUCCACCGGGCUUUCGUUCUCCGUUAACCUCCGCUACCGUUGGCUUUGAAACGAAGAAGAAUCAACGCUCUUCACUAUUAUCUUCACCUUCCCCUUCAAUCCCCGGCACUCAGACUAUUUUCAUAAAGACAUUUGGAUGUUCUCAUAAUCAGAGUGAUAGUGAAUAUAUGGCUGGUCAGCUUUCAGCUUUUGGUUACUCAUUGAGUGAUAAUCCUGAUGAAGCAGAUCUAUGGCUCAUAAACACUUGCACAGUAAAAUCCCCGAGUCAAUCUGCCAUGGAUACCAUCAUAACAAAAGGAAAAUCUUCAAAUAAACCACUAGUUGUUGCUGGCUGUGUCCCUCAAGGUAGUCGCGAUACAAAAGAGCUGGAAGGGAUCAGCAUUGUAGGAGUCCAGCAAAUUGACCGUGUUGUUGAAGUUGUAGAGGAAACUUUAAAAGGUCACGAAGUGCGGCUUUUGACCCGUAAGACAUUGCCAGCACUCGACCUUCCAAAGGUGAGAAAGAACAAAUUUGUUGAGAUUCUUCCAAUUAAUGUCGGAUGUUUAGGUGCUUGCACUUAUUGCAAGACAAAACAUGCUCGGGGUCACCUUGGGAGUUACACAAUAGAUAGCCUUGUAAGUACUGUAGUAGUGAGCUAUGUUGUAUACUCUCACUCCCUCUCACACACAUCUGCAUACACACUAUUACAUUUUCCUCACCUCUCUCUCUCUCUCUCUCACACACACACACACACACAUGCGUGCGCGCGUGCAUCUACUAUUUUAUUUUCCUCAUCUCACACACAUGCACACAUUAUUUCACUUUCCAUACUUCUAUUAAUCCUCUCUGUGCAGGUUGGGCGUGUAAAGUCUGUGGUAUCUGAUGGAGUUAAAGAAAUAUGGCUGAGUAGUGAAGAUACCGGAGCAUAUGGUCGCGACAUUGGUGUCAAUCUUCCAACUUUAUUAAAUGCCUUAGUAGCAGAAUUACCAGCUGAUGCAAGCACUAUGCUGCGUAUUGGAAUGACCAAUCCACCUUUUAUCCUUGAGCACUUGAAAGAGAUAGCAGAGGUUCUACGGCAUCCAUGUGUUUACACCUUUUUGCAUGUGCCAGUUCAGUCUGGAAGUGAUGCUAUUUUGACUGCAAUGAAUCGAGAAUAUACUGUGAGUGAGUUCAGGACUGUUGUAGAUACCUUAACUGAGCUUGUACCAGGGAUGCAGAUUGCCACUGAUAUAAUAUGUGGAUUUCCAGGUGAAACCGAUGAAGAUUUUGAGCAAACUGUCAACCUUAUAAGAGAAUACAAAUUCUCUCAAGUUCAUAUUUCACAAUUUUAUCCUCGACCAGGCACACCUGCGGCUAGGAUGAAAAAGGUUCCAAGUAAUGUGGUGAAGAGAAGAAGCCGUGAACUGACGAAUGUCUUUGAAGCCUUCACGCCAUACUCUGGGAUGGAAGGCAAAGUGGAAAGAAUUUGGAUUACUGAUAUUGCAUCUGAUGGAGUGCACUUGGUUGGUCAUACAAAAGGAUAUAUACAAGUUCUCGUAAUUGCUCCAGACAAUAUGCUUGGAAGUUCAGCUCUGGCCAAGAUAACAUCGGUCGGAAGAUGGUCGGUUUUUGGGGAAAUAAUUGAGACAAUAAAUCAUGCAAGUGACAAUAAAGCUUUGAACAAGCAGGUUCCUAAUCAGCAUAUGUCUUCUCUCUGUUGUAACCAAACCAACACUUGUGUAACCUCGGAAGUGCCAGAAUCUUGUGCUUGUGGAAAUGUUGACAGCUGCUGCAGUCAGAGUACUCUCGAGACGGCCGAUAAUUCAAGAGAUACUGUAGUGCUGCCACAGAAGCAAAACAGCAAAAAUUUGUUUGGAUGGAUACUAAGGAAGCGAAAGAAUCUGCACAAAAGGGUUGAAAGUGAACUUGCCUCAGGAUCUGAUAUAAAGCAAGAAAAGAGCAUGAAAAAGUGGGACUUUGUUGAUAAGGCUCUUUUGGGUGGAAUCUCUAUCAGCAUCUUGACAAUUAUUGCUUUAUUAGUUUAUCUUAGGGUUAGUGUUAUUUGGUCCUAAUAAAAAGGCUGUUAUUAUUUACUUUUUAAAAUUUUAUCUGGAAUCAUUUUUAUUCCAAAGUUUUGACUUACAAAUUGAUCGGAUUUUAUCAAGUAUUCGCACAUGUGUUGUCAUGCAAAACCUCACCACACACCACACAUCUUGCUUCAUGUUUUGCGGCUGUUGUAUUAAUAAAUAUGAAUAUGAUUCAUACACAAAUCCUUUUACAGCAA